AUGGCGUCACCUUCUGCGAUCCAUGGGCCGGCCGAGAGCGGAGGUGCGGACGGAUGGGAAGAUAUGGACUUCGACAUGAAAGACACGAACACGACUGCUACGGCAAGCCAUGAUAGCUCAUCGAUGCAGGCGGUGUCCAUGUUCUCCACAGCCACGAGGCUAUUUGGCACUGCCACGAGCAUGGCUCAAGCAGCUCGUGCGGCGGCGGAGUCGACCUGGGCCUCCCAUGAAGAAGCGCAAGGAGCACGGCCCAAGGAAGGUGUAGCGCCCACCAUCUCAUUUGCGGACGGCGAUACCGCAGGUGCAGCAUCAGCUGCGUCACAGAAGCGCAUGGAGGAAGAGCUGGAGGUGCUGAAAGCUCGACUGACAGUGGCGCAAGAUCAGCUGAAGGCAGAGCGUGCAGCACAUUCGCAAAGCGCCGCGAAGGCCCUUAGUGGCGAGGUGGCUGCACUCUCCGAGGCCCUCAUCCGCGAGAGGCAGGAGUUCGAACGAGAGAAGGUCCAGCUUAGCAAGCACCUGCGCGGAGCGAAAGAAGACUUGCAGCAAGCUCCAGACGAGGGGAAUGGGAGCCUCACUGAGCUGAUGGAGCUCCGUCGGCAGCGCGACCAGCUGAACCGCACAGGCUCGCAUGAACCUGGCGCCUGGAUGUACAGGUUCCUUGUUCUGGCGAAUACCGCUCCGAGCGAGCAGCUGAAGCUGAUCGGUGGUGCCACGGCCGUAGGCGGAUGGGAGUUGCCGAAGGCCAUCGAGCUUUUCCCCGCACACGGCGGAACGGCAGAUGAGCUAGGCUUGCGCCAGUGGACGGCUACAGUCAACUUGAGCGACCACGGCUAUCGGUACUUCGAGUAUAAGUACAUCAAGCUCGGAGAGGAUGGCUCGGUUGAGUGGGAGGUCACGCCGUUCAAUCGCAAUCUCAUGGCAGUGCCAGGUGUCGACUUCGACGUUGAUGACGGAGAGUUCGGCAAGCUUCCAAGACUGCCUCCCGAUUUGCCUGGCCCAAGAAGCCCGGCGAUCCCUGCGCCACAGACAGGCGGUUUGCGGGUUGCCAUUUGCGGCAGCUCAGUCGCUGCGGGGACAGCCGCAGAGGAGGAUCAAGGAUGGGCCUGGCUCCUGGCAAAGAGCUUGGAGGCUCAAUUCGGCCAUCAGACGCUCAAUGUCGCCGUGCAUGGCUACAACACUGAGCGUCUCCUGCAGGACUUCACGAGAUUGGUGGCUUCGCAGAAGCCAGACAUGGUGGUGAUCUCUCUGAGCUUGGCAAACGAGGGGCUCUCCUGGAAAAAGGAGGACGAGUGGGAUGCGGUUGCUGCCAGCUUCAAGAAUGGCAUCCGAGAGUUGUUACGCGAAACUGAGAAGAUCGGAGCGACAGCGGUGCUGGGCGGAGUUUACCCAAAUGGAGACUACAAGCACCCGAAGCAACUGGUCCUGCUGCAGGACACGCACGAUUUCUGUGCGAAGCAGUCCGUCCCGAUGCUGGACUGGCUGGGAGCAUUGCACGAUGGGCAGGGGAG